AGUGGAAAAGAGAACGCAAAAGCAAAGUCUUCCUUCUGUCUUGCUGGUAAAGAAAACACUGAAAACUCCGAUCGGCAACGGAGAAGGUCCCAGAAGGCGAAGGAGGUAAUGUCAGGGAUGGAGAGAUUGCAGAGGAUGUUUGCUGGUGCUGGUGGCGCUUUGGGUGGUCAUCCGCCACCGGAUUCACCGACUCUCGAUACAUCGGAGCAGGUCUACAUCUCCUCUCUUGCCCUCCUCAAAAUGCUCAAGCACGGGAGGGCUGGAGUUCCCAUGGAAGUGAUGGGUUUGAUGCUUGGAGAGUUUGUGGAUGAGUACACAGUCCGUGUUGUUGAUGUAUUUGCAAUGCCUCAGAGUGGUACUGGUGUCAGUGUUGAAGCUGUUGAUCAUGUUUUCCAGACUAACAUGCUAGAUAUGCUCAAGCAAACUGGAAGACCAGAAAUGGUGGUUGGUUGGUACCAUUCGCAUCCUGGAUUUGGCUGUUGGCUCUCUGGUGUUGACAUCAAUACACAGCAGAGUUUUGAAGCUUUGAAUCAACGGGCUGUUGCGGUGGUGGUGGACCCAAUUCAGAGUGUUAAAGGGAAGGUGGUGAUUGAUGCAUUUAGAUUGAUUAACCCACAAACCAUGAUGCUUGGCCAGGAACCACGACAAACAACAUCCAACCUUGGGCAUCUUAAUAAGCCAUCCAUUCAAGCAUUGAUCCAUGGGCUGAACAGACAUUAUUACUCAAUAGCAAUUAAUUACAGGAAGAAUGAACUGGAGGAAAAGAUGCUAUUGAAUCUGCAUAAGAAGAAAUGGACAGAUGGAUUGACACUACGUCGCUUUGAUACCCAUUCCAAAACCAAUGAACAGACUGUUCAGGAAAUGCUAAACUUAGCUAUCAAAUACAACAAGGCAGUGCAAGAGGAAGAUGAAUUGCCCCCAGAGAAGCUAGCAAUUGCAAAUGUUGGACGACAAGAUGCCAAGAAGCAUCUUGAGGAGCACGUCUCAGAUUUGAUGUCUUCAAACAUAGUUCAGACUUUGGGAACCAUGCUUGACACAGUUGUGUUUUAAUUAGAGACAAGUUUCUUCAUGUUUGUUGCCUCGUGCUGUGAUUCGCUGUAUGCGUUACAUUAAAGUUCUUAAAACAAGCAUAUUUGUAUUGAAACCCAUUUCCUCCAUUACCUAUCAAUUUCAGUUUCUUGGGUUUUUGUUGAUUCUAUUUGACAU